GAGUAUUGCAUUCAUUCAUGCUUAGAUAGAGUUUCCAGAGCUAUACCAAAGUAAGAAGAAGAAGAAUUAGAGUUAAGAGAAGUUUGGGUAAGAUGGCUGGUCAUGGACCUGGUGGAGGUGGAGGAGGAGGGCCUGGUGGUGGCGGCGGUGGACGACCUGGUGGUGGCCAAGGAGGAGGAGGCCAAGGCGAUGGCCAAGGAGGAGGUGGCCAAGGAGGAGGCAGUCAAGGAGGUGGCCAAGGAGGAGGUGGCCAAGGAGGAGGCCAAGGAGGAGGUGGUCAAGGAGGAGGUGGCCAAGGAGGUGGCCAAGGAGGAGGCGGCCAAGGAGGAGGCCAAGGAGGAGGUGGUCAAGGAGGAGGCGGCCAAGGAGGAGGUGGUCAAGGAGGAGGAGGAGGUGGUGGUCCUGGAGGACGUUGAAAAUUUCAAGUGGAUGGCAAUUUAGGUGAAAAUAUUUGUGCAAGCAUGCAAUGUGUGAUCUUUUUCCCAAAUAAGCAUGUUUGUGCAAUACAAUACUAUAGAUAUGCCUCAAUCUCUUGUAUAAGAGAAUUUAAGGGGUUAGAAAUUUCUCUUUUGUAAUUUGAUAUAAUGAGUGAAAUAAAACUAGUGCAAAUAUUAUUUGUUGUAGUA